AUGUAUGCGAAAUACUGCUUAAGCCUGCUGGCCGCAUCGUGGCUAGUUCUGGGAAGUUUGCCCGUUGGCGCAGACCAGAUCUUUGCCGUCCGUGACACUUGCUGCGGCUCAUCCUCCGACGACACUCCUCCUGCUCCUGCGCCCGUCAACUCUCCAUCUAGCGCUCCUGCACCCUCGAGCCCGGGCAUCUGCCCCCUUGCCAGCGCGCUAUGUGCUGCGUGCCCUGUCUCCACUACAACGUUGACCAUCAUCAGCUGUCCCAGCGCAAGUGCGGGCCCAAGUCCAGAGAGAUCCAGCAGUGCCCCUGCUAGCCCUGCGAGCAGCAGUCGGAGUGCUGCGCCGUCGUUCUCAAAUAGAACUACUACUGCUUCUGCGCCAAGCUCGGUGCCUCUGAUUCGAAGCUCGACUCCCUUGGUGCACAGUACCAGCGCGGCUGUCGCAGGCAGUGGCCCGCCGGCACUGCCGACUUCGUCGGCUGCUGCUGGUGCCGGUGCAUCUGGAGCUGGAUCUGGGGCUGGCAGUGCGGUUACUCCACGGGCUGUGCUUCUGCCUGCUGUGGUGCGGCGGCAGUUGAUGGGGGUCGGGGUGAUGAAUGUGACUGCGCCGUUUGCUAACACCAGUACUCUGACGAAUACGACUAUUCAUAAUGCCACGAGCUUUUUGACGAGUUCAACUGCAACUGAGGCGACUGGGUUCCGAUUCCAUAUUAGGAAUAGGUUGUAA